AUGCUUGCCAUGAGGCUGCUUGUACUUAGUUUGAGCGUGGGCGCGGCAGAGCUUUGUGACAGUGACCCGGCGCCGGCUAUUCAAAGCCGAGCUUUGCUGCAAAAAGCGGUGAAGGAGAGGUUGUACGCGACCGGAGUGGAUUUCACCUCCCGGCCAAUCCGACAUCCUACGUAUUCUGCGACAGAUUCUGGGCAGAGCCACAUUGCAGCCGACAAGGCCCAAGGCCUCAUCACCGAGCUGCCCUGCGGCGGCUUCUUCAAGCUGAACGCCUCCUAUAGUCUGGAGGCCACUUGUCCCCAGGACUGCCCUCUGCAGGCUGACCCGACGAGCUACUCCGAUAAGGACUUCUGCUGGGCCACCUGCGUCGCCGCGGAUGAGUGCGCCAAGUACAACCCCGAGGCCCCGGUGGCGGACCUGGCGCAGGGCGCCUGCCGCGCCGCGGCGGUGGACGGCUGCGAGGUGCCCAGUGCCGAUGGCACGGACACCUGUGUCCACUGCGGGCCGAUGCGUGUCCUGAAGGAUGGGCAAUGUGAGCUGGCGUAUCUGUGGGCACUGUAUGCCUUGCUGGCGGUUCUGGUGCUGCUGGUGCUGCUGAUUCUUGCGAUCCUGGGGGAUCUCCUGCUGCGCCCCGUCACCAACGAAGCCAACCUCGAGGACGCCCUGGACCACCGCUCAAAGCAGAAGUUUCGGACUCCCAACUACGACGGGACCGGCCGCCACCUGUACCCGCUGUCCACCAACCUCUGCAGCACCAUCGUGGGGGGCCCCGGCCUGGCGCUCCACUUCCGCUUCCAGGCGGCUCUGAUUUGCUGGGCCGCGGCGAUUUGCAUCGGUUGGGUCGUGCUGGCCUUCCUUGUGGACAACGACCUGUUGGUGUUGGGCACAAAACAGUUCGGGACCGCCUUCCGGAACUGUGUGCUGGUUGCCUGGGGCCGCGAGACUCAGCGAAGGUUGAUGUGGGUCAAGGAAAGCUUCCUGGCCAUUGUCUACGUGUGCUCCUUUGCAGGCAGCAUAUUCUUCGCGAUCCUGCAGCGGCGGUUCUUCUCGGAACUUGACCAGCAGAACGACACGAUGAAGGACUACGCGCUGCAAGUGGUCGGCUUGCCGUGCCUCGAGGGCUCCGAGCGCUUAGAGGAGGAGCUGAAGGCGAACAUCGAGGCGGCAGCAGCGCAGCCGGUGGUGGGGGUCUCGGUCUGCUGGGCCUACCGAGAGCACAAGGAAACCGUCCACGUGGAGAUGAUGAAAGCCCUACACCGGCCGCGAGGCCAGGGUCCCACACACUUCCGACAGCCGGAGCAGGACAUGGGCCUCUUCCGGCGAGUCCUCUUUCGCCUGGAGCAGAUGGUCCUCUCAGAGGGCUCUGAGCAGGCCAUCUCCGAGCCGGAGCUUCGGGAGCUGGUGGGCUCGAUGAGGAGCAGUUCCACGGCCUUCGCCGUCUUCGAAACCGAGAAGGCCCGAGACGAGGCCUUGCGGCGCCUGAGUUCCAACGGCCUGGGCUUUCGCGGCCACAGCCUCCAGGUGCAGAAGGCGCAACACGAGCCCCAGGGGAUACACUGGAACAACAUCGACGGGGUUCCUUUCAACGACAAGCUUUGGAGGCUGGCCAAGGGCAUUGGUAGCAUCCUGCUGUGCUUGCUUGGCUGGAUGAUCAUCUUCUACGCGCCCUACGCAUGGUCCAUCUUGAAGUUCAACUACGAGGGCGGUCGGCAACCGGGAGUUGUUUACACGCUGGCGUUUUCCCUCAUCGUCUGCGUGGGGAACUUGCUGAUGGCCGAAAUCUGCUCCCGAGUAGCGGAUGCCAUGAGCUUCGAGUUCAAAGAUACCCGGGAGAACUGUUACAUGAUACUUUACCUCAUCGCCAUCGCGACCAAUGUGGGCUUCGACCUGUGGACCACGUACUUCAUGGCUACUCAGAGCCGUGGCUCACGAAUGACCAUUUCCCUGGAGGGCAACGCGGACGGAAGGGGAAAACCGCCAACCAGUUUCCCUGCCCUCCGCGCGUUUUUUCCGCGGGAAAACAUCUUCGCCAUGGACAGCGUGGCGGAUGCCGCCAGCGCGGUGGUGCGGCAGUCCACGUUGGUCCUGGGCGCGGCGGCGGAUGAGCUGGCGCGACAGGCCAACGCCGUAGCGCAGAUCACGGCAGAUUCGGACCCCCUCGCGUGGAUCACAGGCGAGGAGGAGGCUUUGGCACCAUUGGCACCUUUGCCGCCCCCGGUGGCAGUGCCCCUAGCUGCGCUCACGCCAUGGGGCUGGGGCGACUGGCGCGAAGCGUCCAGCGCCUCGAGUGCUGGUCCAUUCAAGGUGGACCAUGACAUCAACGCGAAGCUCAGCUUGUGGCAGGGCGACCUUUGCAGCCUUGAGGCGGAUGCCCUGCUGACCCCAGUGGCCACGGGCUACGUGGCUGGCUGCAGCACUGUCUUCGGGCGCGUGCUGGCGCAUGGCGGUCAGGACCUUUUGGAGGAGCUCAUGCAUUUGGACACCUGCCGAUCUGGGGAGGCACGGAGCUGUAAGGCAUACAACCUGCCCUGCCAGCGUCUCGUCCUUACCGUGGGCCCCAAGUACAAGGACAAGUACCAAGUCGCGGCGCAGAAUACCUUGAACACCUGCUACCGGGAAUGUCUGAAGCUGCUGGUGGAGCUGGAGCUGAAGUCCAUGGCUAUUCCGUGCUACUGGUAUUCCAAGGGCUACCCCUUGGAGGAGCAGGCCCACGUGGCCCUGCGCUCGGUGCGCCGGUGCCUGGAGAAGCUGCGGCGAGUGGAGGCCGUGAUUUUGGUGGCCGCCAACGCCCAGGAGCUGGAGCUCUACGAGGCCCUCAUGCCGCUCUACUUCCCCCGCAGCGCGCAGGAAGCGCAGGGCGCGUCUCUGCUGCCGGACAGCUGCUGGACGGAAUGGGGGGAGGUCGCUAUGGAAGAGCGCCGGAUCCGUGUCUCCAACCACGUGAUCUCCCAUUCCGAUGAGGAGACGGACCUCCUCUUCGAGGACGAGGACAAGAGCUUUCUGCACGCCCGCGAGGACGCGGACCAGGCCGCCAUGCGUCGCCUCGAGGGCACCAUGAUCCACGCCGAGUCCCUGGAUGAGGCGCGCCACAUCUGCCUUCGCUACCUCCGCCGGAGUCGGGAGCUUCGGGCGCUCACGGAGCCCGCGCGCUUCGUGUACUACAGCGGCCAGGACUGCUUCGGGCGCCACGUGGUGGUACUGCUGGGGGCGAGGCUGCCUGCCCUGGGCGUGCAGGACGAGCAGACCAUCCCUCUCUUUGUGAAAGAGCUCGAAGCACUGAGCGACAGCUUCGUGCUUCUCUACGUCAACAGCGAGGUGGACAGCCUGGACACCUCGGUGCUGGAGGUCCUGCAAGAGAUGCUCGCCAUGAUCCAGGCGCGGUACCGGCGCAGGCUGGCGCAGCUCUACGUGCUCCAUCCAGGCCUCUGGUUUCGCGCAGCCUUCGCCUUCGGGCGGGCGAUCAGUGAUGAAGCGGCCAGCGUUUGGCACGACAGCAUUUAUGUCGACUCCAUUGCUGAGUUAGUUUCAAUGCUCAACGCGACCCGGCUCUACCUGCCGGAUUUUGUGCGGUACAGCGAGCAGCAGUGAGUGAGGCGCUUGAGCUGUAUGUUUCACCCAUUGGUGGGGCGAUUCAACCCAUUCUGCGA